CCCCGGCGGCGCGCGCUCCCGCACGUGGCCAGCGGCAGGGAGGAGGCGGCGCGGCCGCCGCUGCCCCCGCGUCUGUCCGCUCCUUCCCCGGGACCCGCCUCUCUGCCCUGCUCUCCCCAGCCUCACACCGCGGCGGGAUCCCCGCGGAGCCGCCUCCCGCCCUCCGCAGCAGGAUCCCGGCGGGGACCCUCACUUCCCCCGGUGGCGCAUCGCCGGGGACUGGCCCUUCCGGGCCCUCUGCCACAGCAGUGUCCCCACAGGGACCCACUUUUCACUCCCCGGACAGCGGGGUACCUGAGCUCCCUUCUCACCCCGGAGAGGCAUUCCUGCAGCCCCCUUCCUGCUCCGGCCUAGGCUCCACCGCCUCGGCUCUCCCAGGAUGGCUCCCCGCGGGAGGAAGCGCGGAGCCCAGCAGCCGGCGGCGGCCGAGGCACCGGAGACGGUGGGAGCUCCGCAGAAGCGGGCGCGGGCCCAGGCCCAAGAGGAGGGCAGCCCCGGGGACAUUGGCCCCCGCGUCGUCAUCGAGCACUGCAAGAGCUGACGCGUGUUCGGGCGGAACGCGGCGGCGGUGAGCGCGGCCCUGCGCGGGGCCAUGGCCCACCUCCCCGUGGACAUCAACCCCCGGCCGCCGCGCAGGAACAGCUUCGAGGUGUCCCUGGUGAAGGAGGACGGCAGCACCGUGGAGCUGUGGAGCGGUAUCCGGAAGGGGCCCCCCCGCAAGCUGAAGUUUCCCCAGCCGGAGACAGUAGUGGAAGCCCUGAAGAGCAGCUUGGCAUAGAGGUGUUGGCCAGCCAAGCCAGGAUCGGCACAGGCGGCAUGAGCGUCCAUGAAGAGGCGAGACCAAGUGGGGGGCACCCACCUGCCCCAGUCCCGUCCCUGAUGUUGCAGCUCUGCCACUGCCAGACCCCUGGCUCCCUCCACACCCCGUUGUCCCCCCAGUCUCCAAUAAAGUUUAGUACUCCACA